AGGAGGCCCGCCGCGAGCGGAGAAAACUGCGGGCCGAGGCCGCCGAACGCGAGAGGCUCGCCAAGGAGGCCGCCGAGCGCCGGCCGACGCGCCGCCGCCCGCCCGACGCCGCCGCCUUCGCGCGCCUGUACAACGAGGCGGCGUACCGGGAGGCGCUGCUGGAGGAGAAGCGAAAGCAGAAGCUCGCGGAGGAGGAGCGGGAGCUGCGCGCGGGGCUGGCGCACGGUGCUCCGCACGUGGGAGAACGGCGCCGUUCGGAAGGCGCUCGGCCAGCCUUGAGGGCUGGCGCUGGCGACGCUGGCGGCGCCGCUGCGCCCCCGGGCUCGCCGGGGGACGGCGACCCACUGCCAUGCUUCCGGCCUGACCCGCCCUGGGAGGGCCCCGGCGCGGCCGCGUCGGCUGCC